UCGGCGUAACGUAACGUCGCGCGAAGGUGCGCCGUGGCUGGCUGCCCGGGGGCCCUGUUACCUGGCCGAGCUGCCGCAGCCGCUGCCGUGCGCGUCGCCGUCUUCGCCGGAGUUAGCCGAGACGAGCCGAAGCACGGCCACGGCAUCGACGGUGCGCGUCGUCUCGAGUGUCGCGCGACCAGUGCCCGACGUCCGGGGACCGCUCCCCGCGCCCCGUCCCGGCCACCCUCGCCGAGCUCCGGGUCGACACCGCGAGGCUUGCCCGGGCCCGUCGAGGCGGAGCAGCGGAAAGUACGGCGACGGCGAGCCAUCUCGGUCGGACCCCUCGGAGCGGCUCGGGUCGUCCUCUCGGGGUCGCGGUCAGGAUGCGGAGAGCGCCGGAGCGGCUCGACAGGCCGUCUGCGCAGCGCCGCGAGCACCUAGCGCCGAGCCCUGAGCGUCACCCGAGGACGGCGAGCUGAGAAUGUCCGAGCAAAACGGGGGGCCCCAAGAGGGCCCCGGCUGGUGGCCCCCGCAGCAGGCCUGGAAGUCCGCCGCCCUGCCGACUCGCCCCGAGGCCGGCAAGAACGUCUCCGUCACCGCCAUUAACGUGCCGACGGCCCACGAGAUGCACGACGGCAAGAGCAUCUGCAAGUAUCUGGGAGGGCAGAACGGUGUGACGGUCUCGGUGGUGUCGAAUUGCGGCUCCAUACCGAGCGGUGCGGGUUGCCCCGGCGUCGGGCUCGGGGAGGUCGGCGCCCUCGACGACGUCGAGGACAGCGACGGCGAGGUGAGCAAAAUCGACUUCAGGGGCGUCAACCUGCGCACGAAGAAGAAGCGCGAUGCCUCCGGGGGCCCUGACAGCGACGGCGGAGCCGUCGGGGGAGACAGCCUGCAGCAGCACGUGCAUCAGCAACCGGAGCGGCCCAUGUCCUGGGAAGGCGAGCUCUCGGAUCAGGAAAUGUCUUCCAACACCAUUACCAAUCAGGUGCGUCCCCCGAUGCCUGUCGACGUCAAUGAGCGUCGGCCUCGAUUGCACUCCCCUGUAAUCGUUGCGAAAGGAAUUUCAAUUCCGCAGUUAACCAUGUCCAGGUAUUCCUCGUUCCAUCUUGUAACACCGCAAUUAUUUCAGGAUCACGAGGAAACGUCGAUGGAAGGCGUUCAGGUGUGCGGCGCGAGUCCCGGGCCCCAGGAACAGAAGUUCCCGAUCAAGCCGGAGCCGGACUUCAGGUCGAGCCCCGGACUCGCGCUCGGUUCCAUGAACGACACGGUGCUGCCUCUGAGCCAUGCCCAGCAGCUCCAGCAGCAGCAACAGCAGCAGCAGCAGCAGCAACAACACCAACACCAACACCAGCAAUCCAGGGGGCUGGAGGGCCACGAGCAGACCCAGCAGAGCGACCUGCCGCUGUUGGUGGGGAAGCUCCUCGGGGGCUACAACAGCUCCACGCCGAAUCAUAGUCCGGUUCUUAACCCUCGCCAUCACUUGACCAAGCACGGUCACGCGAGAUCCCAGGUCCCGUCUCCGGAUUCGGCGAUCCACUCUGCUUACAGCGUCUUCAGUUCGCCCACGCAGAGUCCUCACGCGGCCAGGCACUCGGCCCUGGGGUCCGGAAGUCCGGUACCCUCGUCGUCGCUCUCGCUCUCACGUCACAGCUUCAACAAUUCCACGUCGUCCCUGUCUCUGUCGCUCUCUCAUUCCCUGUCGCGCAACAACUCGGACGCCUCGAGCAGCUGCUACAGCUACGGAUCCUUGAGCCCACCUACGCACUCGCCGGUGCAGCAGCCGCGGCACUCGCAUCCCCAGCAGCACCAGCAACAGCACCACCAUCACCACCAGGUCACCCAGGGCAGUCCCCUGCACCUUCCAGCGGGUUCCCAUCAUUAUCCAACGCCUGGCUGUGAGCUCUCCGAGGGCCACGCGGACGAGCAAGACGACUGCAGGAUUCCGUCGGCCCCUUCGGGCAUCUCCACCAGACAGCAGCUCAUCAACAGUCCCUGUCCUAUCUGCGGCGAUAAGAUUAGCGGCUUCCACUACGGCAUCUUUUCCUGCGAAUCUUGCAAGGGGUUCUUCAAGAGGACCGUGCAGAACAGGAAAAACUACGUGUGCCUCAGGGGUGCAGGGUGUCCAGUCACUGUGGCCACCCGCAAGAAGUGCCCAGCCUGCCGGUUCGACAAGUGCCUCAACAUGGGAAUGAAGCUGGAAGCUAUCAGGGAGGACCGCACCAGGGGUGGCAGGAGCACGUAUCAGUGCACCUACACCCUUCCUGCGAAUCUCAUAGGUGGGUCGGCCGGUAAUGGCGGCGCCAUGUCCGGGGACAAGAUCACUGGGGGAACCUGCAGUCCUGCUCCACCUGGGAGCGAGCACCACCACUCUGUUAGGCAUCACUCGAACCACUCGCACAAACUGCAAGUGGUACCGCAGCUUCUGCAGGAUAUAAUGGACGUGGAGCAUCUUUGGCAUUACAACGACAAUGAUCGCCUGGCCAGUGGUCAAGGUGGCGCCAUGGGUGGGAUCGCAGACUGUAGGGAUUCCGGACUGGCCGGAGUGGAGGGCAGUGGUAGUGCUAGUGGUGCAGGUACGUGUAACGCUACCGGGGGUGGUAAUUCCUGCUCCAGCGGGGGUAGUAUCGGUGGUACCAACAGUACUACCGGGAUCUGCGGGAACAACAAUUAUGGAGAGAGUGCUGGCAGCGGAGGUGGUGGCGACGACUCGGGCGGAGACGGGGGCAGUUCCGACAGUGGCAGCAACAGUGGGAACCUGGUUGGUAGAGGGGAAUCCUCAAGCACCAGGUCGAACCCCGCCACGGGGACGACCCCUUCGGCAGAGCACGAGCAACGUUCUCCAACUUCUAAGUCGGGGCCCAUUCCUAAUCCCGCCGCCAACGGCAACUCCACUCAGCAUCCCGAUUUUCUUUCCAACCUGUGCAACAUCGCCGACCAUCGGCUGUACAAGAUCGUCAAGUGGUGCAAGAGCUUGCCCCUCUUCAAGAAUAUCUCUAUAGACGACCAGAUCUGCCUGCUCAUCAACUCCUGGUGCGAGCUCCUGCUCUUUUCCUGCUGCUUUCGCAGCAUGAGCACCCCAGGAGAAAUCAGGGUUUCCCUUGGGAAGUCCAUCACCCUGGAGCAGGCCAGGCAGCUCGGGCUGGCAACCUGCAUCGAAAGGAUGCUCGCCUUCACCAACAACCUCAGGAGACUUCGCGUCGACCAGUACGAAUACGUGGCGAUGAAGGUAAUCGUACUACUCACCUCGGACACGAGUGAGCUAAAGGAACCCGAAAAGGUAAGGGCUUCUCAAGAGAAAGCGCUCCAGGCACUCCAACAGUACACCAUAGCCAGGUAUCCUGAGAUGCCGGCCAAGUUUGGCGAACUUCUUUUAAGGAUCCCCGAUCUUCAGAGAACUUGCCAAGCCGGGAAGGAGCUUCUUACCGCGAAACGUGCCGAAGGAGAGGGCAGCUCCUUCAACCUUCUAAUGGAGCUUCUUCGAGGUGAUCAUUGAGUCCAGAACAUCCGGACAACUUCCGCAGAUUCCACGACUAAUGGGUCCACGUAAGCUCCGGGAAUCAGGUUGUAUUAGGUAAGAGCGAUCGCACGGAUAGACCCGAAGAGGAACGACUGUAAUGCGCGUAGCCCGUAAUAGUGUUAGGUCAUGGUGAGGGGACUAUAUCUCUAGAAAUAUUUCUGAUAGGCCGGCGAAAGAGUUGCGCGAUGAUACACUUCGUGCAUAUUUACACACGCGUUAUACACAUGUCUCUGUUGUGCAUAUGCGCACAUCCAGCGGUAACGUCACUGCUGAGUGCCGUGGGAAUUACAAGGAGAAAUUGCAACACUCACGCUUUGAUCGGUGACCUUCCUCCAUGUAACAAACAUGUCGGAAAAUGUGUUGCUCGGACCAGUAGGUGAGCCUCGAAUGCAUAGCCGACGACCUAGCGAUCGCAUGUUCCCAUACGCAAAUCUUCGAGGGUUGGCAAAAAUGAACGUCAAUGAAGGUUUAAAAAAAAAUCAGGCGUAAUCUUCGAUAAGUAUAACGAGACAUUAAUAAUGGUUUGGUACGGUACAGGUACUGUAAUUCCUACGCCGCAAUAGCAGAGCACGCGCGUCGAUACGUGUGUAACAAAGCGUACGCGUACAUAUACAUACGUACGUGCAUACGUACUCGGUAGGAAUACCCACUAGCAAUCAGUUUUUUUUUCUCUCGGUCUUUGUUAUGCAUAACUUAAAACUAACGAGGGAAAGUCAUUGCAUUUCUUUUUACCUGCUCGUAACUAGGUUUCUGUUCACGCUUUUAAACGAUAAGCCGGCGUGCAAGGCGCAAUGGCUGCCGGAGUAAAAGUUGCGCCGCCGAAUCGAGCCUCGGUCUUUGCCCCUUUUUUACACGAAAAGUCAACAGACGCCGAAGCCGAGUGUCAAUCGAUCAGGGCGCGGAAUCGAGCCUGCAAAAAGCCGCAAUUAUAUUCCAUAUACGCAUACAUUUAUAUAUAAUAUAUGUAUACCGUUCUUCGGGCUACGUAGCAGGGCUUGCUCAAUAGCUUUGAUCUCUUUUCUUCGGUAAGCCCGCGCGUGUACAUAAGUUAACACAUAGCGCGUCUGCAAUUCUGACCAAAAGCUCUGCCCGCAGCCCGCGUUUCGAAACGAGCUGAUGAAAUAAGGUCUUCCCGUUUAGCGCACUCCAAGAGGGAAAAGAAUUAAGGAGGGAAAGGAAGGGAAAAAAAGAAAAGUACGUCAUAACGAGGUCCCGUCGAGGGUGGUAACGCCGCUCGACAUUAAAUUAGUGCCUACGUAUGUAUACGUACUUGCUACAGAGUCGCACGGCGUACAUACAUUUAUACAUAGUAUAUACAUAUUAUAUAUAUACACAUAUAUAUAUGAAGAUAUAUUUUUUUUACUGAAAUGCUUCCAUACAGGGCCUGCGCUCUUGCAUUCCUGCCUUGAAAUACAGGAGUUUCGAAGCGGCCUACUGUAUGCUCGUAACGUCCAACGUGUGUCCAGGUGCAAAUGAGACUGAAAUUGCGGCUAAAGCCGUGCGAUAGCACUUAACGUUUACGGAAAUCUAAAAAAGAUGGGAGUACUCGUACGUUUGCGUAAUUUUAGGUGAGAGUGGUCAUACGCGCGAGUGAGAGAAAGAGAGAGAGAGAGAGAGAGAAAGAGUGGUUCGAGGCAAGAUGGCGCUAAAGUCGGUCCUGUUAAAGAACGCUUCCUUCAGUGCGGUCCUUUAACGUAACGGCUGAUAUGAAGUGCUGGCACCGGUCACGAUAAACAAUACCAGUAUUCCCGAAUGUUUCUUGCGAUUACUUAAUGACACAGCAUAAUGCUCUGUGACCCGGUUAAAAGAUGUACUUAAACCUACUCGACGGAAGGUCUUUCGUUUCUAAGACGCCUCAUUUUUAGUGCGUACGCGAACAGGGGCGAAUCGAAGCUCGUAUGUACUCUGGGAAGGUGUUUUGAGAUCUCUGCGAAGUUGUAAUCCAGGGUAGCAAUAUUAUUAUUAUGCUAUGCAUUGCUGCAGUGCAUAUGUAACGUCCAAGCGUCAUCGUGGAGACAUGGUGUUACGCUUAGCUAUGCGACAUUUGUCAAUUAAUUUUCUUACUGGUUUAAAUGGCAUUGAGGAGGGUUGACAGCGAUGUUUCAAGCUGUAUAAGUGACUAGUAACUAUCUCGAUGGAAGACUGGACGCCUGAGUCCUUUUACGCCCAACAAAUCGCCCUUGUGUAUAGGUGUGCCUGUUUCGAGGCACCGUUUGUUAUAUUUUUUCUUUUAUACAUCUUUACGUGCACUAUAUACAUCCACGAGGAGACACUGCGAAGAUUCAAUGCCUAGAAUACAUUCGAUUUUGCUUCGUUGCGUCCUCUCAUUAGACAUCAAUGAUAUGGUACAUUUUAAAACCUACAUUGUGUACAUACAUAGAAAUAGGUUUUACUUUGAGGUUAACAGGUCGAGUACAUGUGUGCAAAUGUGCUUACGGUUUUGAACAAAUGGACAAGCAUUCAUGUACUUAUUGUUAAGGAUCUAUGUAAUUUGUUUAAGUUUGAAGCUACUCUUCAGUGCAAAAGGGUUAAUACAGUAAGAAAUUAUACAUGUAGGCAUGUAUUAAAAAAAAAAAAGAAAUUUUAAUUCGUCAGUAAAGUAAGAGGUAACUAUGCUUUCUUACAGUGGAUCGGUACGAUUUUAUUAUGUACGAUAGUAAGCACAGAUGUAUGCAUGCACACGAGUGAAUCCCUAGUGCGAUCAUGGUAUUGAUAUACAUUUUUUAACAAUUUCUGCAGCAUAAGUCGCUAGCAAACAUCUUAAUGAUAAUACUUAAUGGUAACAAUGACAGAAAGGCUAUCCAGUAUUUCCUACCGCUCACAUUAAAUUCACAUUGAAGACGUUAAAGCGACGAUUUAAUUAUUAAUUACAUAGAACAACGUGACGAAAGUGAUGAUGUAUAUAAAUGAAAGUUUGUGGCGAGGAAAAAGUGCCCCUGUAUGCAUUUGUGUGUGAGCGCAAAAGUGUGUGUGCUGUGUGAUGAGUGUGUCCGCUAUCAUUGCAGAUGAGAAGCGAGAAUAUGUGCAUAAAGUAUAAAAUAGAUAUUUGCCUGUUGAAAAGUGACUAUUCUAUGUUUAUAUUUGAUAGUAGUUAUUUCUAGAUCUUUAAAUAUAAUGCCUCUAUUGGGACGCAAACAGAUUGUUUUAUAUAUAUGCUGCAAAUUAAUAUUAAUAAGAUUAUUUAUCAUUCUUUUUUUUUUAAUGACAAAGGUGGCAAUAAGAGGACGUCUAAUAUAUCAAUCUCGUUUCAAAGAUGUGGUAUUCGCCGAUUGUGUAAAGUGCAAUGUGGCACUUUGGGGGAUUCUUAAAUUGUGGACCUUAAUAACUGCACAUUCUUCACUCGAUAGCAGCACGGUUAAGUUUUUCGACAAAUGUUUGCCAAUCCGCGACAAUAUCUUCGACGACAUCGCAAAUUAAGAUUUUCUCGAUAAUAAAAGAGCUUAAAUAUGACAGACUGCGUAAUGACAAAUAUAUAGGCGUACUGACAUACCGAGACCACACGCAUACAUAUAACACAAAAAUAUAAAUACUACGUACGAUUAAGCAGUGUAAGAGUAAGAGAAAAUAAUGUCAUAUUAAACAGAUGAUAUACUAGUGUAAUAUUACAGAUACUCACGUAUAGUAUUUCUUAUCGAUAUUACGGAAGGCAUCAUGAAAUUUUGUAGAAAAAAAAUAGCAACGCUUCUGUACCACUAACGAUCACAACAAUAAAAAAAAAUAUAGUAA